GAAGAAACCACUGAACCAGAACCAGCAGCAGCUCCUGAAGUCUCAGAUCCAAAUUCAGCUUCUGUUGAUACUGUGGAAGGUUUUGCUAAACACACUGAGGACAGCGGCAGUAAAAAGACUCGUCUGGACACUGAAAACCCACACGUCGCCCUUUGCCUGGGAGAUGAUGUGACUGCACUCAGCAGUCUCUUUCCUGAGCAGCUCCUGGUUGAUAUCCUGGCAGAAAGAUUUCAGUUAAACGACUGUCACCGUGGAAUAGUGAUUGCCGGCCUGCACUCAGUGUACACUCAGUCUGCAGUGAACGCGCUGCAAGUUGUUCUCAGAGCCCUCAACAAUCGCAAACACAUCUAUGCCGUCAACUUAUCCGACUCGUACGCCGCCCUGAAGGCACGAGAAAGAGCUCAGAGAGAGGCUGAACAUGCUCUGCAGAAAGAGCGAGCAGCCAGGGAGCAGCAGAGGAUACAGGAGCUGGAUGAGGAACAAUUUGAUGCUCUGUCAGAGGAGGAGAAGAGGAGCAUCACCCAGCGACACCUGGACGCACUCAAACAGCAGAAACUCAGGGAGCAGAUGGAGAAAGAGCUGGAAGAAAAAAGGCAACAGGAGGAGAUACAGAGGCUGAGAGAAGAAGACUUGAAGAAGAAGAAAAGGUCAGGAAAGAAGGACCACAAAGAAGUAGUGAAGAAGAAGAGCUUCCUGGAGAGAAAACACGUCAGUUCAUCAGGAACCCCGAAUGGACAGAAAAUGUCUCUCUGUAACAACUCCAGAGAGUCGCUAGUGGAUGCAAAAGAGCAUUCUAAUUCAAAUGAAGUGCAUGCUGGGAAAGAGGCCGAUGAUUCACAAAAGCAGACAGAAGAAACCGAAACAUUGAAUGCAGAAUAUCCUCGACCUACAAGCAAAGUGGAAAAAGAAAAGAAUGCAGAUGCUGCAGAGAUAAAGAGGCCAAUGGAAGACAAGGAACUGAAGAAAAGCAAAAAGGUGAUGGAGAAAGAUACUAAAGAAGUACCGGAGAAGAGAAGCCUGUGUGGUCAAAAGGAGUCAACAGUUUCACCAGAUGAUCUUCGAAUGUCUGAAGCCUCAUCAGUGGACACAAAAGAGCAUUGGAAUUUAAAUGAAGGUGCCAGCAAAUGUAAGAAUUUUAAAGGAACCUUCAUAACCUAUAUUAGCAGUAUGUAUGAAAGAGUAAGCUUAUAACUUCACUUUUUAGCCUUAUAAUUUUAUUGAUGUACACACAUUUUUUUUCAUCG